AUGCCUAUGAAGAAUAAAGAGGAGCAGAAGCAAGAGGCAGAUAGAGGAACCUGUCCCGGUCGGCCGAGGCGCCGGGGGCGCCUUUCCACUUGCGGCGGGCCUGCCCAGCCUCCCGCCCAGCCCGGGCCCAGGUCCCGCCGAGGCAGGUGUGCGUGGCGGACUCGCUCUCGAGCACUCGGCGGGCGCAGCUCCACACCGGGCCAGGCCACACGCAGACCCGAGCCCAGGGCCCCUGCCUCUGGCUGCCGGCCCGCGCCCGCCGCGCGCCCCGCGUUCGCUGCGCGCUCGGCCCCGGUCCCGCCUCCCGGAGGUUUUCGCUUUCGCUUUCCUGCCGAUGUCGUUGAGGAAAAUGAAAGCAGUCGUGGCCAGGACUGGCGCAGCUGCCGUUUCAGGCGAGGGGCGCAGAAUGCAGCGGCGGCCAGCCUGGAGCGCGGGCCCUGGGGCCGCGGCCCGCGCCGGGCGAGGUGGCAGCACACCCUGGCCCCCCACCCCGCCGGCAGUCCUGAGGAUGGCCAGCAGAGAAACAAGAAAAUGGACUCCCUGGCUGCUGGAGAGUUGAAUGCCAGCCACCAGCCAUGGGUGCCAGAGUUUGUAGCCUAUUGGAGGAAAACACACCAAGAUCACCUCUGCAGCCUGCACAGCCGGGCCUUUGGACUCCUGGAUGCUAGAGAGACCUGGGCGCUGAGGAGGGGCCCCGAGCCAGUACCAGGAAAGGAUAAACUCCUGCUUGCAGCAUUCCCAGCAGAGGCAUCGCCUGUGGACACCGUGUCUGUGUCUGUAUAUGGCAGAGCUCCCAGAUAUAUGCACAAGGGAGUGAAAAAAUGUGUUUGCACCCCAGUCUCUAAAAAUUCAACAGCCUGGUUACUUCUGGGUGGUAUAUUGCAGGUGGCUUUAAUGCGUGUUAUUUGCUCAUCUGGAUUUCUUACUCUUUGCACAAUUAAACCAUGUUCCUUUUACUUAUGUACAUUUUUAAUAAAGUUGUGAAUGCCUCA